AUGAACUCAUUGAACUCUGGGUUUCCCUUUUGAUCUUUAAAUCCUGGAACACCGUUUUUGCUCGAUGGUUUUCCGUGCAAUUUACGUCAAGCAGAACUUUUGGAACAACGACUCACCGUAAAUGUAUCGAGCGCUUCGUCGGAAACCAAUUUGAUUUCAGUCGAAGACUUAGAUGUGAAAUUGGCUUCAUGUAGAAGUUUGGACCUCAUUAUUCUGCUGGACGUAACUGACGAUGAAGUGUUAACUCGAGCAGCCAAUCGAUCGGACUAUAAUGCACCCGAAGUUCCAAUACCAGAUUCACAUGACAAUCAAACACCGAAAUAUCCAGAUGAGGUUGCGUCUUACGGUCAAAUUCAGGAACGUCUAGCUAGCUUUUUAGAGUCGUGGCCCUCUAUGAGUCAGUUCUACUCAACUAAACGCCCGGGCAUUCAAGUGGUCCGCUUGGAUGCCGGUGGUCAGCUGGAUUCGGAUGGUUUCGUCCGGAAAAUUUCGCCUGAGAGCAUCCUGAAAGAGAUUGAACAAAUAUUACAGUUAUUCUUGGACACUAGGCAAAGCAUGUCGUUGACGGAGCCAUCGGAUGGGGACUCACGGUCAUCUGGACUCACGAAUGUGCCCAAAGAUCAUUCAGUGGACAAGGUCGAAUCCCAGAAGAUCACACUCGGUUGUGAAACGGUCGAAGGUGCAGCCUCGGACAAAAGCUGA